UGUGUAACUGAGGCUAAUGUAUAUUCUGUAGGGAAAAUGGAAAUGGAACUUGUGGACCAAGAGGAGAAAGAAACUUCCACUGAAGGAAUUAGAAGAGAUAAUGGAGGCAUUAACCGGAAAAAGCAGAAAAAUGUUCCAGUACAGGAGCUGACACGUGAGGAACUUGAAGCAAAAUUACAACAGUUGGAAGCUCAUAACAAACAGCUAAAGAAUUUGUUAGCCAAGAGUCAAGGUGUUGUAGACGAGACCUCAGAAACAAGCUUCAAAAAAAAGAAGGCAAGAGCAUUUGACUUUUCAAAGCAUUCAAAACGUCAUGUUCUUUUGAAGUUUUGUUACCUUGGCUGGGAUUAUCAAGGCUUCGCAGUGCAGGAGGACACACAGCAGACAAUUGAAGCCCAGCUUUUUUCAGCUCUCCUCAAGACUCGUCUCAUUGAGUCGAGGGAAACUUCAAAUUAUCAUAGGUGGCAGAACGGAUAAAGGUGUUAGUGCCUUUGAGCAGGUGGUGUCCAUCACCCUCAGGAGCAAAC